AAUUUGAAUCUUGGCACAGGAACCACCACAUGGAAGCUUCCCCAUACUGCUCCAUUUCUGAGUGCAUCUAUAAAAGGCUCGUUUACUUUAUACGAACUAGCAUGCUUCAAUUUGACUUCUCUCUUCCUGCUUUAUAGAUUCCAAACAACAGGGUCCUAUUGCUGCUUAAUUCACGCUUUAUUUCAAGCCCAACUAGCUUGAAGAUGGUAAUUGACCGUGAAAGUAGGAGAUAUGCUCUGCUACAAGCAGUAAAAGAUUCAGACUACAUAAAGAAAGUACGGGGUGGAUACUACAACCUUUAUGUACAAGCUUUUGGGGAUGAAGGAGAGAAGUGGGAUUUGUUUAGAGUCUAUGAGGGGGAUUUCCCUGACUUCAAUGAGCUACAUAAAUAUGAUGGGUUUGUGAUCACUGGUAGCCCCUACGAUGCCCAUGGAAAUGAUUACUGGGUCCUCAAACUCUGUUUCAUGUUGAAAAUUAUGGAUGCCAUGAAGAAGAAAGUUCUUGGCAUUUGCUUUGGUCACCAGGUAAUAAGCAGGGCAUUGGGUGGAAGGGUGGGAAAAUCUCAAACGGGAUGGGAUAUUGGCAUAAGAGAAGUGCAUUUGGUGAAAGACGUAGGUCCAUAUAGCUACCUAGUGCAGCAUGACAUGUCAGCAUCUCUUUCAAUCUUUGAGGUACACCAAGACGAGGUUUAUGAGGUUCCUCCCGGUGCCCAAGUGAUUGCAUCUUCAGAAAAAACUCGAAUCGAAAUGUUUGGAAUUGCAGACCACAUUCUUGGAAUUCAGGGUCAUCCUGAGUAUACCAGAGAUAUACUGUUUGAUCUCAUUGAUCGCCUUCUCAAUACAGAUAUCAUAAAGAAAGAAUUUGCGGAAGAUUUGAAGUGUCGAAUUCAGUUAGCGGAGCCAAACAAGCAAUGCUGGGAAAUGAUAUGCCGGAACUUUCUCAAGGGAAAGUAGAGUUGAGGCACCUCUUACGUUUAUGCAUCCAAGUUGGGAUCUUCUUUACUUUCUUUGUAGAAGACCUAGAUUAGCUCACGUGUCUUGGAAGAAUUUAUUCUACGUUUCAGAAUUAAUGAAAUUUGCACCUUGGCAACCCAGAUUCCAGCUGUGUUGAUAAACUGGCCACAGAUGUCAUCUCCAUCAUUUCCUUAAACUUGGUUGACUGAAGUAGAAGCUCCAAUGCUGACGUAGCAC